GAGCAAUUAGCCUAACCAACCGGUUUAGAGAGGUCUUUGGUCACAACAGAGAAACAAAAACGGCACGGUGUUUUACUCUCUACUGUAGAAACAGCAAGCUACUGUAGAGACACUUCUCUUCUUGUCCAUAUUAUCACCACCGUUCAGUGAUCCACAAAAUCAGACGAAAAAGAAGAUGAUGAAGCUCAAAGUGUAUGCAGAUCGAAUGUCACAGCCAUCACGUGCUGUUAUCAUAUUCUGCAAGGUUAAUGGAAUCCAAUUCGAUGAGGUCUUGAUUUCCUUGGCGAAGCGUCAACAAUUAUCUCCUGAAUUCAAAGAUAUUAACCCAUUGGGGAAAGUUCCAGCUAUUGUUGAUGGCAGGCUUAAGCUCUUUGAGAGUCACGCAAUCCUGAUAUAUCUAUCCUCGGCGUUUCCAAGUGUUGCUGAUCAUUGGUAUCCAAAUGAUCUAUCCAAAAGAGCCAAGAUUCACUCAGUUUUGGAUUGGCAUCACACCAAUUUACGUCGUGGUGCAGCUGGAUAUGUUCUGAAUAGUGUACUAGGUCCAGCUCUCGGUCUUCCUCUGAAUCCGAAAGCAGCUGCUGAAGCUGAGCAGUUACUAACAAAGUCUCUGUCCACUCUAGAGACUUUUUGGCUUAAGGGCAAUGCUAAAUUCUUGCUCGGAAGCAACCAACCAUCUAUAGCUGAUCUCAGCCUUGUAUGCGAACUUAUGCAGCUGCAGGUUUUGGAUGACAAAGAUCGUCUUAGAUUGCUCAGCACUCAUAAGAAAGUUGAACAAUGGAUUGAGAAUACGAAAAAAGCAACAAUGCCUCACUUUGAUGAGACCCAUGAGAUCCUUUUCAAAGUCAAAGAAGGAUUCCAGAAGCGGCGAGAGAUGGGAACCUUAUCUAAACCGGGUCUUCAAUCCAAGAUCUAAGAACUUAGAACAAAACUUUGGCAAAACCGGUUUCAGGGGUCAGUCACUGGUUCGUUGAAGAAAAGCCGAUUAUCUCCUAUUCUCCAUUGUAAGAAAAAUAAGGAAUGUAAUAAUCACUUGUUUUUUGAACUAUAUGUAAUAAUCACUUUAUCAAAGGUUUUUACCGAACCCGAGCAUUUUGAACAUCACAACAUGAAGGUUUAGAUUUAUAUGUAAAUUAUAGUUGAACCAGCUCGCAGUUUGUGCUGUCCAUCUCACUGGCUUACUUCCUUUGG